AUGUUGGUCUUCAAGUAUUUUAGAUGUAUGUGGCUUCUGAUACAUAUUCUUGUACAAUGCUAUAAUGGCAAUCUACAGCAGGGUUUCUCUAAGCUUCAGCGUGGACAGAGACUGGACGGAACAAUGAUCCAAUCCUUCACAGAGCUGAGUUUCUUGGACUGUGUUAUCGAAUGUCUCGUAACGCCACGGUGUAAAUCUGUCAACUAUUUCAAAGGGGCUAAUUUCUGUGAAAUCAAUUUUGAGAAUAAAACAACAGCUGGCACUAAGUACGAAGACACCGCUGGGUGGGUCUACAGUAAAAAGGAGCAUUGGCCCAAGGAACCAGCAGGUGCUUGUUUAAAUUCAAACUGUAGCGUGAACAAAAAAUGUAGACACAAGAAAUAUUCCAAGGACACGUUCUUUGAAUGCAUUCUGUCAAUGUGUGGGUUUCCGAAUAAAACAGGCAUAGACCUGAGUGGUACAGCGCGUGAGGACGCCAUUGGUAUACGUAGAAGAAUGCAUGCCUCAUGUCCUGCAGGCUAUAUUCAGUUUGGGUCAGAACUUCUGAUCUGCACACCGGACGGUCACUGGAAGUACAACAUCUAUUGUGAAGAAUGGUUGCCGCAUAAAGACCACAUAUAUUGCUUCUCUUCUGAUUUAAUUGAGACAUGGGAGGAUGCACAGAAACAAUGCAAAGUUAGAAAUGCUUAUCUUGUUGAGAUAAACUCAGGAGAGGAAAAGGCGUGGCUCCAUGAUAUAUUUCUAAAACUGAACGAUGCAUCAGACAGGUGCAAUAGUAACGGGGGUUAUACAGCUUGGGCCGGCGGAAGAUAUGAAACAAAGAAGAUGUAUUUUAUUUGGAGUGAAAGUGGAGAAAAAGUGAAUUACACAAACUGGAAUCCCCUAAACCCUGACAAUUAUCGAAAUCAGGAACACUUUAUUCAAAGGCUGGAUUGUGGACGUUGGAAUGACAAUAACUGCAAUCAAAAGUUACCUUUCAUAUGUGAGAAAAAAUUCAAGGUGUAA